CUGCCAGCGUCUUCUGUACAAGGGACGACGAUCCCCUAUGAGUCGACAGAGGCACAGCUGCACAACUGGAAAGCACCGGCCUUCAGACAGCGCGGCGCAAACACUUCGACAGCGACAGUCCAGCAGCGAUGACAGCCAGAGAGGCGUUGAUGGCGACGGUGCUCCUGGUGGUGCUGGCGGUGCAGGUGCCUGACAGGGUCGCCACUGCGCCGGUGGCCGGCGACGGAGCCCCAUCUGGCCCCGACGACCACGAGGGGCACCCCAUGGAGGGCCUCCCUCUGACGGUGCCCAGCCGCAUCCAGCAGGUACAGCCACCACCACCGCGUCCCCUGCCCCGGCCAGCCCCACAGCCCACACCGUUGCCAGUUGGUGCCGACGUGCCUGUCGACCUGCCACUGGACGCAGAGGGCGCCUCGACCAUCAACAAGGCUGUCAGCGUCGCCGUCAAGACGCUGGUGGCUCGCAGCGAACUCGGAGCGGUGCAGGCGUCGCGAGUGCUUCUGCACGUGAAGGAGCUGCUCGGACGGCAGCUACAGGCUGAUGACUGAUUCGCUGAGAUGAAGUCGCAUCACAGUGUGACAUCGCUUCGGCCUUCACGCGGCUGCAGUUACGCCAGCUCAGCAGAAGCAAGCAUCGGCAUUCUGACCUUCAACGCUGCCAACAUCACCAGAGAAUUGCACCUUACAGCAAUGAGAUGAAUCUCCUAUAGAGAUCACAGACUUCAUAGCUGUGACACCUUCUAUAUUAACUUAUAUGUGAAAUAUAUUAAAAUAUAAUAGUAUAUAA